AUGAGAAACCCUAGUACCUCAAACAGAGUUACGGAGAAUGGUGUCCGGCUCGGGAAUCUGCGCGCGGGCCGUCUGGCGUCUAUCUUGGCGAAGGAACUCCUCGACGGCCAGAAAGUGGUGGUGGUACGCUGCGAAGAGAUUGCCCUCUCCGGUGGCCUCGUUCGCCAGAAAAUGAAGUACCUCCGCUUCCUCCGCAAGCGUAUGAAUACGAAGCCCUCUCAUGGUCCUAUUCACUUUCGCGCUCCUGCUAAAAUCCUCUGGCGCACCAUUCGAGGACGAAGAGAGGGGGCAGCGGCGCUGGCGAGGUUGAAGGCGUACGACGGUGUUCCACCUCCAUACGAUAAGAUGAAGAGGAUGGUCAUUCCCGAUGCUCCCAAGGUUUUGAGGCUUCAGGCUGGGCACAAGUACUGUUUGUUGGGGCGGCUGUCGAGCGAGGUUGGGUGGAACCACUAUGACACCAUUAAGGAGCUAGAAAAUAAGAGGAAAGAGAGGGCCCAGGUGGCAUAUGAUAGGAAGAAGCAGCUGACUAGACUAAGAGUCAAGGCUGAGAAGACCGCAGAGGAGAAACUUGGCUCCCAGCUAGAUAUCCUUGCUCCUGUGAAGUUUUGAAUUUUCUGGACAUAAUUGCUGAGAUUUUUUUGGAGGUUUGUAGCAUGAGGAGAGUUUCCUUUUUCCUUUUUAUGUUCUUGCAACUCCUAAUUUUAAUGGAUAUUUUUUCUGCUACUGGCUGUAGCUUGAUUCUUACAAGGUACAUUAUGUAUACUGCGUCUUUGAUUGAUGUUGGGAGCCAA